AUGUCCAUGUUGUCGUGCCGUGUGUUGUGUCUGUUGGCCAUUGUGCUCUGCUGUGUGGGUGUGGCUCAUGCUGAUCCUGCUGCUUCACAAAGAAGCGUAGGACAAGUGGAUGGUAAAGCAGAGUUGGUGGAAAAGACCAAGAAACUGAAGGCGGAGUGCGAGGAAGUCGGCGAAGCUGCUCGGAAAGCCGCGCAUGCAGCUCAAGAAUUUGUUGAUACCACUAAGAAAAACCUCGAAACAAUUGCUGCUAACCCAGACAACGUAGAGAAGACGAAGAGUGAAGGUGAUGAACUCAUUGAAAAUGCAAUGAAGGCUGCAAAGAAAGCAGAAGAAUUGGCCGAACAAACGAGAGAGAGUGCAACUAAAACUGAAGAGAUAGUCACGUUACUUCGAGGUCAAGAAAAUUAUGGUGCCCGGGAAGCGAUGAUAGUUGCAUACAAAGCGGCAGAUGAUGCUUUCAAACAUGCCGACGAUGCGACAAUUUGUGCUUAUAAUGUGAAGAAGGUCCUGCAGAAACUCGACGACGCAGUUGCUGCUGCCAAAGAGAAGGAGGAAGAAAAACAGGUGCAGCCUCAACCACAGCCACAGGAACAGACAAAUGAAACAUCUCUUGGUGAGCAGCAAGGCCAUGCAGAAGGAAAUCAGACGGAGCAAAAAGAAGAAAAACAGGUGGCGUCUCAAACACAGGAACAGACAAAUGAAACAUCUCUUGGUGAGAAGCAUGGCCAUACAGAAGGAAAUCAGACGGAGCAAACACAAGAAAAACAAAAACAGCACUACCGUUCUACUUUUACGAUUAAUAUACACGGAGAUAAUCUUGAUGCCUUACUCAAUGGUGCAGCGAAUAAGAGUGGUAUGGCAUUAAAUGACGGCAGCAGCAGCCCUGCGUUACUGCGUGUUCCACUCCUGCUGCUGCUGCUCUCU